AUGCUUUGGGUGCGACUACUUUUGGGCGUUUUUGAUCUGGCCUUUUGGAAUUUAGACGCUAGCCGGCUUUUUGGUGCCUCCUCGAUGGGCUUGGUGGCAAUCAUAGAGUUGGCAUGGGAAAUGCUUCUAUCCACUUCUAUCCUUUUUUUUUUCUCUUUUUUUUUGGCUUCAUAUGCCAUCCUACUUAACUAUGAUCCAAACCUCGCUCCUUCCGUUUUUUACACCUGCCUAAUCGGGCUCUCGUUGCCUUUGGGGAAUCCAGAUCCAUCUGUUCCUCCAUGCCCUCAUUCUGACUAUGUGACAGACCCCACACACAUUGGUUUAUCGAGGUUAUUGACGGUUGCACACGUUAUGUUUUUUAGACGUCCGCGACCCUUGCCCAGUGAGCCCAGCACCGAUCCUGUCACGCCCCCGCCAGUACCCGACCAUGCACUAGGCUUUACUGAUAUAUACGGCUCAUUGACACCCCGCCAGAUCAGCGUCAUCAGUAUGCUCCUCGCGGUGAAUACAUGUGAUUACUCUAACGCGCAAUGCAGCUAUCGGGUCGGCCAUCGGAACGGGUUUAAUGGUAGGGACGGGAAGAGCAUUAUCUAUCCGGCCGCUAUCAUCAUUUCUUAUACUAUCGUUGGGUUUGCGGUUUACCUCGUUCUUUCUGCCUUGGGUGAGGUGGGAUCCUGGUUACCGAAGCCGUAUACUGUCGCAGACCAGGCUGUGCGGUUCUGUGACCCUGCCCUGGGGUUCAGUUUGGGAUGGAUCUUUUGGCUCAAGUACGCCAUUGUGACACCCAAUCAACUUACCGCUGCGACUCUCGUGGUCUCUUACUGGGUCGAUGCAGAUCAAGUCAACCCCGGUAUCUGGAUCACGAUCUUUCUGUCGAUCAUCGUGAGCCUCAACUGUAUCAAUCACCGCCUGCCCAGUCGGAUUGAGUUCUAUAUGGCUUCAUGCAAACUUGUUGUCAUGCUUGGUCUUAUGAUCUUGUCCACCAUCAUUGCACUGGGGGGAGGACCGGACCAUGACCGGCGAGGCUUUCGCUAUUGGUCAUACCCCGGUGCCUUUGGCUCUCAUCGACGUGAUAGCUUAAUCGACAAGUUUUCCAUAACCUGCUCAACCAUGUCCUCUGCGACAUUCGCAUAUAUUGGAAGUGAACGAUCCGGUAUGUGUCACUUUCCGAAUGUUCGGAAAGCCACAUCUCGAGCCAUCAGGAAUACCUUCUAUCGGAUUCUCGUCUUCCAUCUUCUAGCAAUCACGCUACUGGGAAUGAUCGUCCCCCAGAACUCUAUGUCUGUGGCCUUCUACAGCCAAGCAUCCCCCGAUGCUGCCGCAUCUGCAUUUGUGGCGGCACUGUAUCUCGCCGGCAUAUCUGUUUUACCGGACUUGUUGAAUGCAUGCAUCUUAAUUUUUGUUCUGUCAAUCGCAAACUAUGACCUGUAUCUCGCAACAAAAGCAAUGUGUGAUCUCUCGUUGAAGAAUCGCGCCCCAGCCUUCCUGUCUCGAACCACACGCCGAGGUGUCCCUAUCUAUGCCCUCGGAACGACCUCACUACUAGCAACACUAGCAUACCUCAGCGUGAACCAAGAUGCGACAGUUGUUUUUGGCUAUUCUGUCGACAUGGUCACCAUGCUAGGCCUAUUGACAUGGUUUUCAAUCCUUGUCACGCACAUUUCAUUCGUGCGUGCGCGGAAAGCUCAAGGAGUCUCCGACAAGUCUCUGGCCUUCCAGGCUCGUUUUGGACUGCCUGGCACCUGUGUAGCCUUGGUGCUCUGCUUGUUCAUCUCUGUGACUAUUGUCUUUGACUCUUUCAGCUUCGAAUCUGGCGAGAGGCAGUUCGAUGUCAGGUCCUUCGUUGCUUCCUAUAUCAGCAUCCCUUUGUAUAUACUGCUUAUGAUUGGGUACAAGGUUACUGUCAAUAGUGAGCGUGUCCAUCCGAAAGAUGCAGACUUAUGGACGGACAAGAGCGGGCAUGGCCAGUCGAAUAGUGAGGGGCAGACUCGUUCAACUGAAGCGACAGGCUCGUGA